CUCUGCGAGAACGCGAUUCGGUUGUCAUGGUUACGAGUAAAUGGUUCACAUAAAGACCGACAGGGUUUUAGCGUUUUGAGUAAACUUUUAUAACAUGUUUAUACUUAUUUUUGACCAUCAUUGUUUGCUAUAAAAGAAUUAUAAAGUUUUUUAAGGCAUAUACUGCAAAGUUUACUAGUAUAUUUUUUCGGUUAUGAAAGAAAGUGAAAAAAAGCAGGGACAAAGAAAAUGCAGCAGGCGCCCUUUUUUGCUCCUUUUGUUCAAGACGGCCAUUUUUCCCAGUGCUUCCAGCGCAGGCAAGCGUCGAGGCGUGCCGGCACUCGAGCUAUAACAGUCGGAAGACUGUUAUAGCUACUGCGAAGGAAGGUGUAGCUUACCGGGAGAAGCAUACUCGUCAAAAGGAGUUAUCGUAUGCGGUAUUCAUGUGCCGGGAUUCUAAACUUUUAGAUGUCUUGUGCAGCGGACACUGUCUCUGAACACGCCAAAAGCCCGCCGGCCAAGAAGCGCAAGAGUGAAGCUCAUUCCACCAACUCCAAGUCUGCGAAGACUGUUGGUGACAUGGCCCAGAAUGGCUCCGCAGCACAAAAUGCCGGCGACAUCGAUGAGGGCCUCUACUCUAGACAGCUGUAUGUGCUUGGGCACGAGGCGAUGCGCCGGAUGGCCACCUCGGACGUGCUCAUCUCGGGCAUGCAAGGCCUGGGCGUGGAGAUUGCCAAGAACGUCAUCUUGAGCGGCGUCAAGUCAGUGACGGUGCAUGACGACGGCGCCUGCACUCUGGCAGACCUCUCCUCGCAGUUUUACCUGAAUGAAGGAUGCCUGGGCAAGAACAGGGCAGAGGCUUGCGUCUCUGCUCUGGCGGAACUAAACACUUACGUGUCUGUGACUGCCUACACGGGGCCUCUCACCGAGGAGUACCUGGGUCGCUUUCGGGUGGUGGUGUUGACAGACGUUCCAUUGUCCGAGCAGCUUCGGAUCAGUGACUUCACGCACUCGGAGGACAUUGCCCUUGUUGUGGCCGAAACCCGUGGUCUUGUCGGCCAGAUCUUCUGCGACUUUGGCAAGAGCUUCCGUGUGGUGGACACGAACGGAGAGCAGCCUGUGUCUGCAAUGGUCGCCUCAAUCAGCAAGGACAAGGAAGCCGUGGUGGCUUGCCUGGAGGAGACGCGGCAUGGGUUCGAGGACGGGGACUAUGUCACCUUCUCAGAGGUGCACGGCAUGUCCGAGAUCAACGGAUGUCAGCCCAUGAAGGUCAAGGUUCUUGGACCCUACACAUUCAGCGUUGGGGACACGUCCAACUUUUCGGAUUAUGUCAGGGGUGGAGUGGCCACCCAGGUCAAGAUGCCCAAAGACAUCAAGUUUAAACCCCUGAAGGUGUCCCUGGAAGCUCCGGAGUUUGUCAUGUCGGACUUCGGCAAGAUGGAGCGCCCGGCACAGUUCCACCUAGGGUUCCAGGCGCUGCACGCUUUCCGGGAGAAGCACGGACGGCUGCCCGGCCCCUGGAACAAGGAGGACGCGGCUGAGGUGGUGGCUCUGGCCAAGGAGAGGAACGCGUCCACGACGGCCAAGGUGGACGAGCUGGACGAGAAGCUCAUCUCCCUGCUGGCGCAAGUGUCUGCCGGUUCCCUGUGCCCCAUGCAGGCCGUGAUCGGAGGCAUCGCCGCGCAGGAGCUAAUGAAGGCUUGCAGUGGCAAGUUCAGCCCAAUCCAGCAGUGGUUCUACUUCGAUGCCCUCGAGUGUCUCCCAACGUCCGGCGAGGUCUCGGAGGAGCACGCCACCGCUCUGCUGGACACUCGGUACGGCGCUCAAGCUUGUGUGCUGGGUGCCGAAGUGCAAAAGAAACUGGGUCUCCAGAAGUACUUCCUGGUGGGUGCCGGGGCCAUUGGAUGCGAGUUGCUCAAGAACUUCGCCAUGAUGGGCCUGGGUGCGGAGGAAGGCCAGAUCUACAUCACGGACAUGGACGUCAUCGAGAGGUCCAACCUCAACCGACAGUUCCUGUUCCGCCCAUGGGAUGUCGGCAAGCUGAAGGCAAGCACUGCCGCAGCUGCAGUGAAGAAGAUGAACCCCAAGGUGAAGAUCACUGCCCACGAGAACCGGGUAGGGCCAGACACGGAGCAUGUCUACAACGACGACUUCUUUGAGGAGCUGGACGGCGUGGCCAACGCCCUCGACAAUGUGGACACGCGUAUUUACAUGGACCGUCGGUGCGUGUACUACCGCAAGCCCCUGCUGGAGUCCGGCACCCUGGGCACCAAGGGGAAUGUGCAGGUGGUGAUCCCCCACCUGACGGAGUCCUAUUCCUCGUCCCAGGACCCCCCUGAGAAGUCCAUUCCUAUCUGCACCCUCAAGAACUUCCCCAAUGCCAUUGAGCACACGCUCCAAUGGGCUCGUGAUGAGUUUGAGGGCCUCUUCAAGCAGAGUGCGGAGAAUGCUGUGCACUAUCUCAAGUAUGUGCAGCUUUUCCAAAAGGACCCAAGGUUCAUGGAAAAGACUUUGAAGCUCCCCGGGAAUCAGCCGCUGGAGGUUCUGGAAGGAGUGAAGCAGGUGUUGGUGGACGAGCGUCCGCACUCGUUUGCCGACUGCGUGGCCUGGGCGCGGCUGCGCUUCCAAGACCAGUACAACAACCAGAUCAGGCAGCUGCUCUUCAACUUCCCCAAAGACCAGGUAUGGGUUUCCCUUUCUCCCGCUCUCUCUCUGUACUUGCCCUUCACCCAUUCGUUGCUUGGCUCGCAGACUACGAGCUCCGGGGCUCCCUUCUGGUCGGGACCCAAGCGCUGUCCUCACCACAUCGAGUUUGAUCCCAACGAGCCCCUGCACAUGGACUACGUGGUGGCUGCAGCCAACCUGCGGGCGGCCAUGUUCGGCCUGCCGGGCUCGCGGGACCGGGACGAGGUGGCCAAGCUGCUGUCCAGGGUCCACGUGCCGGAGUUCGUGCCCCGAUCCGGCGUACGCAUUGCCGUCACGGAUGCGGAGGCCCAGGCAGACACGGGCUCGACGGACGUGGACCGGCUGAGCGUCCUGCAGCAGGAGCUACCCAGCGCAGCCUCCCUGGCCUCCCUGCCCCUGACCCCGUUGGAAUUUGAGAAGGACGACGACUCUAACUUUCACAUGGACUUCAUCGUGGCGGCCUCCAACCUGCGGGCGGCCAACUACGACAUCGCCCCGGCCGACCGGCACCGCAGCAAGCUCAUCGCGGGAAAGAUCAUCCCGGCCAUCGCCACGACCACCUCGCUUGUGGCAGGGUUGGUCUGCCUCGAGAUGUACAAGCUGGUUCAAGGCCACGACAAGCUGGAACUCUUCAAGAACGGCUUUGUCAACCUGGCCCUACCUUUCUUCGGUUUCUCGGAGCCCAUCUCGGCACCCAAGCAGAAGUACUAUGACCACGAGUUCACCCUGUGGGACCGCUUCGAGGUGACCGGAGAGCUGACCCUCAAGGAAUUCAUCAGCUACUUCAAGGAUAAGCAUGAGCUGGAGAUCACGAUGCUCUCUCAAGGCGUCUGCAUGCUCUAUUCAUUCUUCAUGCCCAACUCCAAGAAAAAGGAACGUCUGGAGCAGACGAUGACGGAAGUGGUGAAAAAUGUGUCCCAGAAGAAGCUGGAGCCCCACGUGAAGGCACUGGUGUUUGAGCUGUGCUGCAAUGACCGUGACGGAGAGGACGUGGAAGUGCCCUACGUGCGUUACACCCUACCCAAGUGACGGCCCCCAUCCCUUAGGGCGUGGGGCCCCUUUAACAGUCCACGAUAAACAUUUUGGAGAGAUGAAUAAACUUGUCAUACACUUCACAAAUUUUUGUGUGGCAUACCUGCUUAUGAUCAGUAUGCUUAUGUACAAGAAAUCAUCAAAUCUCUGCUUUGUAUGUGUAGCCAUUCAUAUGGAAAGUAAUAAUUUGGUCUUGCAUCAUAUUUAGAUGAAUUUCUGAUAAUCCAGACUUGUGAUAAUUCAAACAAAAUUGUUGGCUUCCUGGUGUUUGAAUUAAUAGUCUACCAUACUGAUUCUUUUCCAGUGCCUGGAAACGAAGAACCACAGCUGAAUUUUUGCUUGACUUUGUUUUUCUUUUUUUUUUCUUUUUUACUUUCACAUUGUUGGUGCUGCUUAGUUGAACCUUGCACUUUUUUUUCUUCUGUAACUGGACUUAUUGUAUUUAUUUCAAUACAGAAAUCGCAAUGACAAUAUAUGAUUGAAAGUAGCAAGUUUCAGACAUGAAGUAUCUUUUUUUUCUGACGAAUGUUAGUAAUGAAAACUUUUUCGGGAAAAGUGAGGGUGACAUGAAAGUUUCGUUUUUUUACAUCAAGUCACGCGUGGUCAAGCUUGAAGAUGUUUUUGCAGAAGUUGUGGUUGAAUGUUAGGUGUGUGUUCUUGGUGUCUGAAACAAUAAAUUUUCCUUAAGCAGUCGGAUGUUUACUUGUUUGGGAACGCCUUCCAGUUUCUGUAGUUUAUUUCAGACUAUCAGCCCUUGAAAGUGUGAAGUUGUCAAAGGACAUAAGGAAUAAUGAACUAAGCAGAGAUGACUCAACUUCAGCUUUGUACUAUUAUAAAUCCAAAAAUCAAGGGAUAGUCUAUGUGCUUUGCAACUUUGCGAGUGUUGCCGUGGCUCUAAUAAAGCAGUUCCUGCCUUCUGAA